AUGGAGUUGAACUUCCACCGGUCGCCUACCCUGAUCUAUACCUUGUUCUCCAUUCUCUCUCCAGUGUCGGGCUGGGCUUUUGGAUGGACCAACUCCUCUGGCAACACGCAAUUUGAGUCCGGCACGGAGACAGAGUAUCGAUCCUGCACACGAAUCCACCAAGCCAAAGGCAAAUUGUUCGACUGGGACUCAGAGGAGCAGCCAAUAUGCUGGCAAAUAUACCGCGACGUGAACUGCAAGGACAGCGGAGGACAUGCCUGCCACAUGCUAUCCAAGAAUGCAAGCGACGAUUUUGCCGCCUUUUCGGUGUAUCCCAGAGAUUCUUCGGUAACUGCGACCUCGGCACUAGCAACGUCUACCCUGUCGACUGCUACUACGCCAACGAGUGGAAGGUCAUCAAUCACAUCAAAUAGUCUUGCUACGUCAAGCACUACCAAGAAAGCUGCAGAGUCAUCGAAACCGCUGUCAGGUGGAGCUAUUGCCGGGGUGGUUAUUGGAGUGUUGUUCGGCGUGGCGAUUGUUGCAGUGUUGAUAUGUUUCUUGGUAAAACGGCGAAAAGUAUCACCUACCGAGGGAGAACCCAUAAAGCCUCGCCUUAAAGCACCAAGCGUUACUAGCCAAGUGCCCGAGCCGUAUGUUGAUCCGACAAGCUCGAGGACAAGCCCGAGGACAAGCCCAGCCAUUCCCAGCACACAGCCGACGGCAGAACUGCAAGGGGACUCGGCACCGAUGGAGAUGAGCGACAGUCACCGUGUGGUGGAGUUGGAGACACCAGGGACAAUCAAAGGUCUGUAUCAUUGA